UAGGUCUGAUUCCAUGCUGUAUGACUCUGACAACAUACCUCCUUUCUGUUGGCCCCUCAGAUUCGGCAAGAAGUCAUAUUGAAAAUGGGAUGUGAAUAGAUAGAUACUUAAUGACCAGCAUGGGCACAGUGGACUGAAGGGCCGCCUUUUGUGCUGUAAAACUCUUACUCAAUUGCUCAGAUCAGCCUCAGCUGCAGUCUUUUAAGCAGGUCCAUUUCUCUUUUGACAUUGCCACCUAUAUGUAUGCCAUAUGGCAGGAGGAAAUCUGGAGAUUUUCUUUGAUUUGACUUUUUAGAAUCUCUCUCACGUCAAAUAUCCCCAACUUCAGUCAUAGCUGAGCAUCAGUGCAAAAGAUAAGGCUGAAACAUUCACAACAAUCUUCACCCAGAAGUGUCCAGUGGAUAAUCCAUCUUAGCUUCCUCCAGAAGACGCCAACAUCUCAGACACCAGUCAUCAGCAGAGAAAAAUGUUUUCAACACCUUUCAGUCCCCAUGUUGGCCGUGGAGAAUAUGCUGAUGUGUAUGAUCCAGCAGAAGAUACCUUCUUAUUAAUGGAUGCUUUGGAAAAAGAUAUAAAGGAGAUAAAGCAACUCUGUCCCAGGAUCUGCCUCGAGGUUGGUGCAGGAUCUGGCAUUGUCUCUGUAUUCCUAGCUUCUAUUGUUGGACCUACCUCGUUUUAUCUAUGUACAGAUAUUAACCCUUUGGCUGCUGUUUGCUCAGUGGAAAGUGCAAGAUGUAAUGGAGUGAACAUCCAACCAAUCAUUACUGACUUGGUGACAGGAUUAUUGCCACGGCUGCAAAAUCAAGUUGAUGUGUUAAUGUUUAACCCACCUUACGUGGUGACUCCAUCAGAAGAAGUAGGUAGUCAUGGCAUUGAGGCAUCUUGGGCUGGUGGCAAAAGAGGUCGUGAAGUCAUGGAUAGGCUCUUUCCUCAGGUCUCAGCCCUCUUGUCAAGCCAGGGAUUAUUUUAUCUGGUUACAAUUGAGGAAAAUGACCCAGAGGAGAUAAUACAGUCACUGAAGCAUUCUAGUUUGAAAGGGACGGUGCUUAUCUCGAGGCAAGCUGGCAGAGAACAUCUUUCAGUUCUCAAAUUUUGGAAGAAUUGAUUGUAGCAUUUGAAAUGCCUUCAUGUUGAAGAGCUCCUUUAAAAACUAUGAUUCUGGAGAGGAGAAGCAGCUUUGCUUGCUGCUUCCUUUACAACCGGAGCUUUGAUUUCCAGUUUCCGAUUGAUGCAAUCUAAUCGGUACUGCCGAAGACCUGGAACAAGUUUUAUGGAAAACUGGAUAGAUGAUUUAUAAAUGAAAACUGGACGGCACUGUAAUGGAGACUUGAAACUGAGAACAAUUUUUGAUCCUGGUUUUGAAAGUUGUGAAUUUUGCCUAAGUAAAACCUAAGCAUUGAAUAAGUCAAAAUAACUAGUGAAAUGACUUUUUCACUGGAUCCAUUAUUAUUACGGGAGGCCAUGCCAAAUAGUUCCUUCUCAGAAUGCUAACUGUGAAGAAAAACAAAAAUAUGCAAUCAAAAUAUAUACUUCACCAUGUCAUGUUUGACAGAAUAUUAGGGGGUUAAUCUGAAAUCUGUUGCAAAACCAAAACAAGCCCAACAGUUCACGAUCUACACAAAUGGUUCCUUUACAGUUGGAGAGCUUUCAAGAAUAAGCUACAGAGUAACAUUCUAAUGACAGAGGAGAAGAGAUGUGCUUUUGGAAGAGACUGGAGCAUCGGGGGGGGAUAAAAAACGCAGUAUCAAGGGGUUGAAGAGGCAGAUUGUCAUAAUUUUUUAUGCAUAGAGGUGCAUGUGGCCUAGCUUUGAGAUUGAGCCAGCAUUCCUAUCCACAGUGCCAACAACCUUGUCUCGCUAGUUCCCUCACCCAACCCAGUCAAAAUAUUUUAAUGUUCUGAGAGUAGGUCACUCUCUUUUCAAGAAGAUCAGCCACAUUAUGUACCAGUUGGGCACUUAAUUGGGCAGAAGCGGGGCCUUGCCAGGGAUGCUCCCCACACAGUUGCCAGCCAACAGAACAGCUUUUUGCUGCUAGUAUCACGAGUGAAGUGGGCAACUGCUGCAUGUAAUGCACACACCUGAGGCUUAGGAUUGCUUGGGGAGCUCAGGCCACGGGUGGGAGGUCGAUAGUGAAACAGAUUUACAAGGGCAUCUGGAAAGGAAAUGAGCUGUAGUGUAGCUGAUCCUUUGUAACCAAUACUUGAUCAGUCACUGAGUACCUUUUGAAUAUGGCAUCUCCCAGAAUCCUUUUCAAGCUACUGAUACGAUGAAUCUGCUGUUCACUACUGUAUGCAUAUCAGUAGCCCCUGAUUAGGAGGUCUUAAUGCCUUCAGUUGGCAACGGCACAGGAAAGCCAUCACUGAGCUUUUCCACGACAGGUAACUAAGGUGGAUGUUCUCACUCACCACCUUCCUACCUGAUUAAAUGCUUUAGAUCUCAUUUACUGAAUCUACCAAAGGAUAGUGUUAAAUUGUGUCCUAAUACAAUAUGUAUAUGAUAUGUCAGCUUUUCUGUGCAUUUCUAAGGUACUAUGAUGAAUGAAUUUGUAACAAUUUCUAGCAAAAAUGGUUUAAAUUAAGUUAAUUCAAUAAAUAGAAUGUAACAUUUUCAGAAUUAACAUAACACAUUUUCCCCAUCUCCACCACAGGUCAUCGGUAUGGUCCCAUAGCAGCUUUACCCUAAACUGCCCCUCACCACCCACCAGCAUUGUUCCCUGUAGUCCUCAUACUAACAAAUGCCAACUUGCCUGUUAUCCUUGGCACUUAUACUCCAUCCCAAUUCACACACUGCACCUUGAGCAGCAGACCUCAAACCAUGUUCAGAUGGAACCAAUUAAACCUCUAAGUAUCUGUUUACAGUCUUUACUGAAUCGCACAACUGUAAUCGUGCAGAAAGAGACUGUUAGGCCCUGCUUGUGCUUAUAUUGACUGGCUGUCUGCAUAAACAAUGUACCUCUUGCACUUUCUUGUAAUAACGCUACUUUUUUUUGAUAACAAUCUGAUUCCUUUUCAGGUGCUUCAGAUGAAUGUGCUUCCACCACCCUUUCAGGUUGUGCCUUCAGACCUUAAUCACUUGUUCCUUGCAAAUGUUUUGCUCCUUUUGCUUUCACUUCUUUUGAUAAUUAAUUUAUUAAAUUGUGCAUCUUAUUUCUCAAACUUUUAAAAUGUGGGAGCAGUUUCUCCUUAUCUGCUCUGUUCAGAUCUGUCAUGAUUUUGAAUGUCACAUCUCAUCUCUACCUUCUGUCUUUUGAAGGAGAACAUUCCAAACUUCUUCAGUUGAAGUAACUGAAGUGCCUCAUCCUCAGAAGCAUUCUUGUGACUUUUCUACAAUCUCUCGAAAGCCUUCAGAUCUUUGCUUGAGCUGAAAGCAAAUUAAUAUGCUUGAUAGAAAUUCAACCUCUUUUCUGUUAUGCUGUUUAAUUAAUAAAGCCUAGAAAAUGGUAUGUAUUAAUAA